AGUACGUAAGAGCGUGGUUACUGCCCUUCGGCAACAAAACGUCUGCUGUUCAAUUUUUUCGGAGAAGCUUGAAGGAACGCUCUAGCCCGCGCACGUCGUUGUUUGUAGCUCUAAGUUGGUAGCGUCUCACCGACUUGCUCCACUACUAGCGGCGCUUUUGCGAGCCCCGAGUGCGAGAGACGCCCGUUGCAAAAUAAAAGUGGGAUUUCUUUACCGAAGCGAAAAUACUCACAGACACACAGGCUGCUUUCUCCUUUUUCAUUUCACUUCUCCACAGCGCGAGAAGCAGCAACCCCGGGAAGGGAAAAAGGAUGGCGUGGUACUUGAGUCCCUUCCGCGUGGGCUUCUGCGCCGUUUACGCUUACUUUGGCUACGUGCAGGUGCGCUGGAUCGCCGCGGCGGAGGACCGCUAUCGCCGCUCCAGCACCUGGAAGCCGGCCGUCGGGACGAUCUUUGACCACAAGGUGGUCAUGACGCGUGGGGGGUCAAGCCACGUCCAGUACAAGUUUAGCGUCGACGGCACGGAGUACAUCGGGGAUCGCUUCCGCAGUGGCGGCGUGCACAAGGAGGAGAUGGUGACGAACCCCACCCUGCUUGGCGCGGGCACGCAACUUGUCAUCUACUACAACCCUGCCGACCCGUCGGAGAGCGCCAUCAAAAUGCAGACAGAUCGCGCCGCGGAGUCGGUCUUCGUCGUCGGUGCCAUUUUCUCCUUCCUCAUUGCGGUUCGCGCGGUGCGGUGUGAGACAAUUCUGCCAAACAUGUUUUACCGCUUCCUCGGCGUGAACCGACGCGUGGGCGGCAUCUCAGGCCUGCGGGAGGCGCGCCCGCACGCAAAGCAGCGCAUGAAGUACGGGAGGCAAACCGGGGCGCUGUAA